UAAAAAAGCCAGAAAAAAUAUGUGGAAACAUCGCAUUCGAAAGCAAUGAUAACUUUCAGCAACAACCCCUUUUUGGAAUGACGGGAUUUUUCGAAGCGGGAAAGAACAUCUAUGGCACAACAAAAUAUUAUGGCAACAAAGUAAUCUUAGCGGAACCAAAACAAUUUAAAGAUACUAUUGAACUUUCGUGAAAAUCGGUUGUAACAAAUGUCAAUUUACGGAAAUAUAUUGUUUUACAAGAGCACAGGCUCUCACGAGGAGAAUACAAUGAUAUUCUAUUCUCCUCUUAAAUUAUGAAAUCUAGACGCACCCAAAAGUCUACAAAACCCCGUUUACAAGACCCCAAACUCGCUGAUAAGGGGCACAAGUCAGCCUCGAAAAGCCAUGCCAAACCACCAUGUGAAUCGUAUCCUGCCCAAAAAAAGCCUUUCACUGGGAAACUAUUCUACUUAGAUUUGCCAUCGAACAGAAGGGCAGAGACAUUAGAGAAUGAUAUCAAAAGGUUUGGAGGGACGGUGGAGAAGUUCUUCAGCAAGGAGAUCAAGUACCUGGUGUCUAAUAAGAGAGAGGCCAGGUAUGUGCAGUGUCAUGGCCGCGACCCUCUUGUCCCAAGCCCUGACUCUGGGCACAGCUCCCCCCACCCUCGCCCCCAUCCCGGCAGCCACAGAGACAGCCUCAAAGGAAGCUCCCAGGGCCAGGGAGACAUGGUGGUCAUAAGCAGGGGCAAGUCUUUUGUGAAGAGAGUUGUAAAAGAGCAGGUGAGAAUACAUGUCAACGAGAUCCUGUCCAAUGCUCUGGAGUGGGGAGUGAAAAUCCUGUACAUUGAUGAUGUAAUAGCUUAUAUGGAAAAGAAGAAAAGGAAUGUUAAGUAUACUGCUGAAAAGCCAACCGCAACCACAGCUGCUGUCAAGAAAAGUGCCAAAGGAGAACCUAUAGGAAAACCAGCCUUCCAGAAGUAUAAGGGUGGAAGGAUCCGUAAACCCUUUGUAAAGGUAGUGGACUCCAGCAGACAUUACCGUCCAAUUUAUCUGGCCAUGCCGAACAUGCCAGAGUUUAACCUAACGUCAGCUCCCCCCUGCAGUCCAUUCUAUGUAGAGGACCAGGAACACUCUGGGAAGAGACCUAAAGAGCACAGGAACCGAGGGGCGAGAGUGUCAGCCAGUGAGGAGAGGGGGCAGGACCGGGCCAGGAGGAACAGGAAGAAGAAACGUGGAGGCUACUGCGAGUGCUGCACGCUCAAAUACAACAACAUCAAAGCUCACCUGCGGAGUGAGCAGCACAAGGCCUUCUCCAGAAGUGAUGAGUACCUGGUGGUGGACAGGCUCAUCACCACACUGCCCUUCAACUUCAGUCACGUCAAAACAACACAAACUCCAACCACAAGGUCAAAGUACAGCAUAACCUCCCUGUUGUGUGUUCCUGGACCCAGCAUACAGAUGGAGGGAGGUGUGGAAACCAAAGAGCUGAAGGGGGGAUUAAUGUCCCUCUGGUCUACUCCAGUGGAGCCCCCUCUCUCCCAGAGUGUGGAAAACCCCUUGGAACAGCCUCGGAAGCGCAGCCGAGGAGCCCCUGUUCCCCACAGCACCAGCGAGGGGGAGAAGAGGUGCUCUUACGUCCCAGACAGACCCCAGCCCAAGCACAGAUCCCUGUCCUGCAAACAACGCUGCCAACAGGGAUCCCCCCCGCAAGCACCCCCAGAGGGCUGGGCUGAGUCAGACACCUGUGUCUAAUGCAGAAAUAGACCCUUCUACCCUUGACUCUGUCGCUAACCCCAGACUUUCCCAUCAGGGCCAGAGAACUCACACAGACAAAGAUGGCCGCUCUUCAUUUAGUCACACAGAGGAUUUACAAUGUGGCGAUCCAGCUGGACGUGUGAAGGUCCCUUCCAGUCAGCACAAGGUUGCAGGGCCUUCAGAACACCACAAGCUCAGAGCUUUAGAGGAGAGGGAACUGAGUCAUGAUACGUUGGCUGGGGAUACUCUUCCCAGGAAUACUGGGGGUGUUCCGGAGCUCGAGGCAGGUGACACGGAGACACACACCCCUCCUCCUGCCAGGAUGUUACAGAGGAGGGUCAGGGAUUACAGACGGAAGAGAAGGAAAGUUGAGAAGCAGCGGACUGCUCAGGAGCAGGAAAAAACUAGCAAUGUUCCCAGCAGCUCUCUGCUGAACCUCUGGCAGUUGUUCCACUCCAGUGAGGACAUGGAGUGUGAGUUCAGAGGCUUUCCCAGCUGUUCCACUCCAGUGAGGACAUGGAGUGUGAGUUCAGAGGCUUUCCCAGCUGUUCCACUCCAGUGAGGACAUGGAGUGUGAGUUCAGAGGCUUUCCCAGCUGUUCCACUCCAGUGAGGACAUGGAGUGUGAGUUCAGAGGCUUUCCCAGCUGUUCCACUCCAGUGAGGACAUGGAGUGUGAGUUCAGAGGCUCUCCCAGCUGUUUGACUCCAGUGAGGACAUAGACUGGGAGUUCCAGGCCUUCCCCAGCUAGAGAGGGAGGGGAGGGGGGGUGACCCAGAAUCUUCCCAAUAUGAGCGCUAACCUGUUACGGACUCCGUACGCACUUAUUGUAUGACAGUUUCAUUGAGUGACAUAGCAGAUCUAUAUGUGAACCCAUUGACUGUGGCUCUUUAAACCUAUGACUUCUAUAAAGGGAAUAGUUCCCUUCAGGUUGGGAGGGUGCUGGCGCGACACUGUUGUGUUGAUUUAUGGCAGCUUCUAGUCUACCUGGCUAUUUUACAAUGACUGGUUUUAUCUGGAGAACAGGCUGAAGCACUAUCCCCAGUUCUGUACAACGCCUGCAUGUGUUCUGGUGUCCAGAGGAACUGCAUGGUUGUGUUUUUGGUAUGUGGUAUUGUACUUUUUUUUUUUAUUAAAAGGGAUACAAACGAA